UGUCAGCACAUACACUUGCAGCAUGAACCACUCAGCUGUGUUGUCGCCUUCAGAGGAAAUGGCCCCUGAGGAGUUUGACGGCGGGACAGCGGUGGCUUGUGUGAUCCUGGGCCUGUCAUUCUUAGUAGGAGCUCCUGGGAACCUGCUGGUGAUCUGGACUAUCCUGAGACACGUCAAGCAGCGUUCUCACACUGUGGUGCUCAUCCUGCACCUGGCUGUCGCAGACCUGCUGGUCCUCAUCACCCUGCCUCUGUGGAUCUACUCCCUGGCCCACUACUGGGUGUUUGGGGAAGUCUCCUGCAAAGCCAUGGUGUUCAUGAUCAACGCCUGUAUGUACAGCAGCGUUUUCCUCAUUACCCUCAUGAGUGUGGAGCGCUUUGUGGCUGUGCGGUAUCCUUUUGCCUCAGCUGGCUGGAAGAGGAAAAAAGCACUGAAUAAAGUUUUGCUGGCUCUGUGGACUGCAGCGUUCUUGUUCAGCAUACCUGUCAUCCCAACUCAGGUCAUAGGGACAGAUUCUGGUGAGGAGCAUUGUCUGUAUCGGCAGUACUCUUCUUUGACCCAGGAGCUGGUGUGUGUGCUGCUUGAGACACUGGUGGGCUACAUAAUACCCUUCUCCAUCCUCGUGGUCUGCUAUGGCUGUCUGUGUAGCCGGAUUACUCAGAUGACCUUUAAGUCCAAGCGCAAGUCCACAGUCCUGAUUGCCAGUGUAGUGGUUGUGUUUGCCAUCUGUUGGACACCUCAUCACAUAGGAAAUGUCCUCUCACUCAUCAUCCUGGCCACUGAGGACUCCCUCCCUGUUGUAGCACACAAUCUGGAGAGUGCCAGGAGCACCAUGACCUUCAUCGCUGGGGCCAUGGUGUUCAUCAGCAGCACUGUUAACCCUAUCCUUUACAUGUAUGCGGCCCGCUCCUUCAGGAGCUCCCUGCGUGACACCGGCAUCCAGAAGCUCUUCCGCCAUAUCUCCAGCACCUCCCCAGGUGAGGGCACUAAAGAGUUGUCCUUUGUGACCAAGAGACAGAGCAAUCAGACCAACAGCUCUCAGUGUCUGACUGAGCCAAAAGACCAAAUGGACAUCUUGAUAAAAAUGUGUGAAAAUAAUCCAUCCUGAUAUUGAAAAUGUAUGGAGUGUCAGCGCUGUGUAGAUAUGCUUGUGUAUACUGUAUACAAUAUUUCCUUGUGACAUAAAUUUAGCCUGAAAUGAAGCUCAUUUCGUACGAAAUUACAACACAGAUAAACAGGAAGUCUGAGUUUACUUGUGCAACUCUGUAAAUUACCUUUUUUAACAUGUCUCUUUUUUUAAAUAGUGAACAUAUAUUUAUGAAUAUGUUAUAUAUUAUGUACUUUAUUCCAUAUAGUGUUCAUAAAUAGUACAAUAAAUAAUUCUAUGAAACAUGUCUCAAUGUAAAGUCUUUGUUUACAAACCUUUUAAUUAUUUUAUUAAAGCCAACAAAGGGAGGUGAUAUUGAUCAUGUUAUUAAUCAGAUUAGAUCAGUCAGAUUUUUUUUUAAUUGCCUGUAAGUGUGGGAACAUGAUUAGACAGAGCUCACUUGGUUUUCAUCUGGUCAUCCUGUGGUUGUGUUUACCACAAAGAAGUAUCUCACUUUGUCUGUAAGAACGUGUCUAUCUUGCUGUCGCUCUCUGUGUUGGGAAACUGUAACAUCUCUACAGUCUGAUUAUGAACUCAUGUUGCAAAACGGUUGCUGUGUUUU